UUCAUCUGCAUGAAAAUUUUCUCAAAUGCAAAAUUUAAAACUUCACCUUUCAUUUUGAUAUCAACAAGUGCCUGGACAGAAGCUAUAGACCCACUUAGCAGUUUUAAGUGUUGUUGUUGUGGUCUUCAGUCCAGAGACUGGCUUGAUUCAGUAUUUUCAUAGGACCAGAAUUUUCUCAGGUUCUUUGCCAAGGUAUGACAGUGGCAGUUAUUUUACGCUUCGCACAGGGAUAUUGUCACAGGCGCACUAAUCUCUAGUAGCUUUUGCCUGUCAUUGCUAUGAAAUUCGAGUGCAAGUGCCUUUCCUUCCUCAGCAUUUUCCAGAUUUCAUUGCUAAUCCACAAUGGUACUUAUCCAGCCUUAGUCCACUUGCUUGGUACAUAAUUGUCCACAGCAUGACUUUCAACCUGUUUAAAUUUUGCCUAAAAUUUCUACAUGUCCAUCACAAUGCAACUAAGUGAUUGCAAUUCAUUGUCUAAGUGAGAUGCUGACAACUGCUUGUCUGGUUUUUGCUGUAAAUACACUCCUACCCUUCUUGACUGAUUAUUAACUUUCAUAACCACAGCCACUAUGAUACCAUGAUCACUAAUCAACGUUUGAAGCUACUAAGUUUGAGAUACUUUCAUUGAGUGUGGGCUGUGAAACUACCUUCUCAAGACAGUUUUCAUAAAAUGUGUUCAAAACAACUUCACAAGACUUUCUGUCUGUAGCUCCUGCAAUGAAUCCAUAAACAUCCCAGUCUAUAUUCAGUAGAUUGAAGUAAGUCACCUCCAUCUAGUAUUGCAUCACCUGGGUAUCGUCCGCCACGGUAGCUGAGUGGCCAGCGCGACAGAAUGUCACUCCUAAGGGCCCGGGUUUGAUUUCCGGCUGGGUCGGAGAUUUUCUCUGCUCAGGGACUGGGUGUUGUGUUAUCAUCAUCAUCAUCAUCAUCAUCAUCAUCAUCAUUUCAUACCCAUUGACGCGCAAGUCCCUGAAGCGGCAUCAAAUCGAAAGACUUGCACCCGGCGAACGGUCUACCUGACGGGAGGCCCCAGUCACACAACAUUUUAUUUUUAUCUGUGUAUUUAUGCAAUACUGACUGCAAACUUACUUUAAAUGACUUUAGUACUGUCACAGUGGAAUCAGGCAGUCAGUGAAAGCAUCCAAAAAUUAGCAUGGUUUGAUCUAGAUCUGUCAUAUGUGACCAGAUAACUUCACUGACACACACAGUUUCAACCACAAUAGACAAAACUGUAAUGAACACACUCCCUCCAAUGGCAUCUAACUGUGUUUCUGAUAAACAUUCCAUAACUCGCUAAACAUUUCAAAGCUUUAUACUUUGUGUUUCCACUUUCAAAAAUAAUCUGACUGUCAGAACUUUCCUGGAGGGCAGUAAAUUUGGGAACUUUGUUACGAAUACUUCGACAAUUUACUGAUAAAAUUUUGUCAGUUGAAGUGUUCUUACUCUUAAAGCAUUCUCAUUCCCCUAACUGUGUAUGAACUGUCAAGUAUUCAUCAGUGCACUUCAAACUACCACCUGGCCUAAAAAACCCAAUGUGCACUCACCUACCAAGGUGAGUUCUAUACCUCCCCACCUGAAAACGCAGGUCCAAAAAUCUGCAACCAAGACCGUCACAGAGUCAAUGAAGCAUUUGGUCGAAACCAUCCACUAAGCUCCAAAUCGAAGGACCUCUAUCAGUUCUGGGAACAACACUGCACGUCGAAAGCUCUGCUUGCACACCACAUGAGGCCAGUAGCCUUCACCAUCUCUGAUAUCCGCCAGAAAAUUCACUUACUGCCUGUAAAAUUUAUAUACUACCUACUUCUCGGCCACUUUGUAUAAUAAUUAUAGUCCUAUAGUAGUAUCAUGCUGUCUUCAUACACAGGUACGCUAGUGUCUGCAAAACUAAAGUUAACGAGAAGGAAAAAUGGCAUUGCAAAUGUUUAUAUGAGUUAUGUCUACACUACCGAGCCCAGUGGAUAUCUAGGUUAUUUUAUGUUCUGGACAUUGCAGGAUGGCGUACCACCUCCGCUCAGCACUCGGAUAUACCAGAAGAGAAUAUGAAGAAGCUACCCGCCGGCAUGAAGAAACGCAAGCAAUUCAACAUAACACAAAUAAUGAUACAGAGACAAAUUGGGGAACCGAUCAGUCUACACAAGAAGAAUUUAACGACGGAUGGGAGGUGCCGCUGUCGCGCCUGCCAGCGCACAUAUGCGGAGUUGCAGGACCAUCCACUGCGGGUGACCCCCCAUUGGGGGCCCCUUUAGAAAGUCACUCGAGCCCACCUAGUAUUACUAGUGGGCCGAGUACGCGUUUUCGCGAUUGCGCAACUAUCCCAAGGCCACGCGCAGGUUCUGACGUGCCAGACAGGUUAGGACACGUUCCAACAGGUUCCGCAACGCCAGGUAGGCAGCGGUAUAAAAGGCGCAGCGAAGCCUUUUCGAUUACAGUCGACUCUCAUUCGGUCGGUGGUAAACAGAACUUUAUUAACACUGUGCUUUCUAUUUGGAACAUCAUUGAAUAUUGUGUUGCGGAAGAAUUGUUCGCUAAAGCUAAUGUCUGCGUUGGAAUUCUUUUAUCAAAACUGGGAUCAUAUAAGGACCUAUCCAGAUGACCUACGAUUGGCAUUCCUUGUACCUACGAGUCAACAGCGAAUCGACGAACGUGCUAUUAUAUUUUACGGCAACAAGAUAAAUUAUUCUGCACACAUUAACUAAUCUCUAAAACACUUAAUAACUUGUUGGAUAUAAAUGCCUACGCUAUUCCACAGUUAAAUUACACAAAGAGUGUUGCCUAUGUUACCAAAGACCUCUAAAUAAUUGUUACAUUGGCAAAACUCUAUGCAUGUCACACAGUCAAACAGAAAGGUUUUCUCCAGGCAGCCAAACAACCUCAAUGGGAUCUCCCAGCCAAUAAUGUGAUACAGUCUUUUUCAAUAGCACAACAAUGAAAAAGUGCAGUUAAUUUCCAAACGGAAACAUUCUUUCGAGAUACUAGAUUUCACUCCUUAAGAUUUGAAUGCUACAAGGUUGUGACACUUUUCUGUACAAGAACUAAGCACGCCUGUAUUGAGAUGUGGAGGUUUUACAUCUUAUGUGGUACAUGCUUUUUAACAUGGGCACACAUAUAACUCAAAACUUACAAUUUUUGAGUUACAAGAUUUUGCUACCUUAACAACGACAUGCAGAAACUAAGUGCAGCAAUGAACUGUUGAGGGGUGUGAGUGUAGUGUGCUGAUUAUAUAUUGAUAAAAUUGUGUUGCAAAAUAUUUGUUUUAUUAUUUGACUACUGCUUAAAGCUUUUUAUACAAUUAUCAUGAUAUCCAUUUAAUAAUAAACAAUCAUUAGUCAAGCAUAUAUUUAUUUGACUGUAUUAAUACUGUGGGAAAAAAUCAUAUAAGCACAUGUAUACAUCUAACAGUCUG